AUGGCUGCACGCCGAUCGUCGCGUCUUUCUUCAUUGCUACUACGCACAACUCUUCCCUCUCGACCAGCAUGGCAACGCACAUUAUCAGCACGCGGUUUUGCAACAGCCAUCAAUAACAAGCUAGACAAUGUAUACGACAUGGUGAUUGUUGGAGGUGGCAUUGCAGGAACGGCACUCGCUUGUUCUCUUGCAACCAAUCCAUCCAUGAAGGACUAUCGUAUCGCACUUAUUGAAGCUAUGGAUCUGUCAAAUACAAACAACUGGGCACCUGCUACGGGUCGUUACUCCAACCGUGUCGUGUCUCUUACACCCGCAUCCAUGCAAUUCUUUCAAAAGAUUGGCGUUGCUGACGAGUUACAUCGAGAUCGUAUCCAGCCAUACAACUGCAUGAAAGUCUCUGAUGGUGUCACCAACGCGAGUAUUGAGUUUGAUACCAAUUUGCUAAGCACCAGCACCAAUCCAGACGACCUGCCAAUCGCCUACAUGAUUGAAAACGUCCAUUUGCAACAUAGUAUUCUGAAGACCUUGCAGACAUCUCACGGCAAAGGCGCAACAGUGGAUAUCAUGCAAAAGGCACGUGUCGCUUCCAUCCGUAUGCAGGAACAACAAGAUGUGAAGGAGGCAGAGGAAACACUUGAUCUUUCGGACUGGCCCAUUAUUGAAAUGGAAGAUGGAAGGGCAUUACAAGCACGUUUACUGGUGGGAGCUGAUGGUGUCAAUAGCCCUGUACGCAGCUUUGCAAAGAUCGAGUCAUUAGGAUGGGAUUACAACAUGCAUGGAGUAGUGGCUACUUUCAAGACGGACCCUUCGAGAAAGAAUGAUACGGCGUAUCAACGUUUUUUGCCAACGGGACCCAUUGCAAUGCUUCCAGUGCGUCUUGGAGACGGGCACGCAUCCAUGGUGUGGUCGAUGCCUCCCGAUAUGGCCCAAAAAGUAAAAAAGAUUCCUGCACAAGCAUUUUGUACUCUUGUCAACAGCGCAUUCCGGUUGUCUAUGGAAGAUCUCGAGUAUCUACGAUCCAAGAUUGAUCCUACCACAUUUGAACCUCUGUGCGACUUUGACUCGGAAUACAACUGGAGACAAGGCGUUGCCAAGCAUGGUUUGGGUGACAUGGAAUUGAUGGAACGGGAACUUUUGUUUCCUCCCAUUGUCGAGUCAGUUGAUGAGACAAGUCGUGCAAGCUUCCCAUUGCGUAUGAGAAAUUCGCAGCAGUAUUUCGCUGAUAGAGUCGUCCUUGUUGGUGAUGCAGCACAUACGGUUCAUCCAUUGGCCGGUCAAGGUCUCAAUCAAGGCAUUCUCGAUGUGGCGUGCUUAUCGGAUAUCUUGCAACGAGGUGCUUCUGAAGGAAUGGAUAUUGGCAAUUUACAUCUUUUGAGAGAGUACGCUUCUGUGAGAUACCUUCGCAACUUGCUCAUGAUCAGCGCUUGUGACAAACUUCACCGCUUGUACACCACUGAUUUUGCCCCGAUCACUUGGAUCCGCUCACUUGGUUUAUCCAGCGUCAAUCAACUUGAUUUUGUAAAGGCGGAGAUCAUGAAAUACGCCAUGGGCAUAGAACAAUGA